AGGCCAGUCUUGUGUUGAGUAGCAGCAGACUGCACCACCAGCGGAAAUUGCGCAAUGAUAGAGUAUUGUAGUAUUCACAAAAAAGCACGCAACUCUACGUAUUUUUUUCAGAAUUUGGCGCCAGCUGGAUGAGCCGUGUCAGACCUUACAGCAGUGUUUUCCAGCAUACUGUACAAGAGGAAGGGUCCUUGGACAAUGUCAGUUGCAGUGGAGGCUACUGUGGCCAGGUUACCUCUCCCAUCUCACUUCUCUCACGCUGAGCAGUCCUUCUCUAUUAAGAAGCGACGCCCUCAGGUCUCCUCAUCCUCAACAUCCACCUCAUCCUACUCUUCUCCGGCAAGGCUCUCGCGAUCCGUACCCCCCUUGCCCCCGUCCAAAGGAUGCCCUCCUUUAAGCAGGCUGUUUCCCCAUCAGCCAUCUCCUUUCACACCUUUAUCACAAUCUCUGAAUAAAUCACCCCCACCCAGUUCUGAAUAUGAUCCUAACAAACAGCAGACAUAUUUUAAUCAAUGUUUUACAAAUUUGGGUUUGCUUGGAAGAGGCUCUUUUGGAGAAGUAUUCAAGGUUCAAAGUAACAAAGAUGGCCACAAGUACGCAGUUAAACGGUCUGCUCAUCGCUUCAGAGGAAACACUGAACGGAGCCGAAGUUUAAGAGAAGCGAGGAAUCAUGAGCGCCUGUGUCCACACCCGCACAUCCUGAACUUUGUAGCAGCCUGGGAGGAGUGUGGCCGCCUUUACAUCCAGACAGAGUUAUGUAGCACAACCUUGUUGCUCCAUGCUGAGAACCAGCCUCCUGGUCCAGAUGAACCAGCAGCUUGGAAUUACCUUUGCGAUCUCCUGUCAGCCCUUGAACACUUACACUCUCAUGGCUUUGUGCACUUGGACCUUAAGCCUGCUAAUGUCCUCAUCACUGAGUCUGGUCGUCUGAAAUUGGCUGACUUUGGACUGUUAUUUCAAUUCAACCAAAAAGAUGGAGAACAAACAGUCAAGGAUGAUAUUCAAGAAGGAGAUCCCAGAUACAUGGCUCCAGAGUUAUUACGGGGGGAGUAUGGGCCGGCUGCAGAUGUUUUCAGUUUGGGUGUUUCCAUACUGGAGCUGGCCUGCAACCUUGAGGUUCCUAAUGGAGGAGAUGGGUGGCAGCAGCUAAGACAAGGCUGUCUUCCUGCAGAGUUUACGAGUGGUCUCUCACCUGAAUUUCAGAGAAUUCUGAAGGUGAUGCUGGCGCCAGAACCAUCCAAACGACCCACAGUCUUGGAGCUUCUCUCUCUCCCAUGUGUCAAAAAACAAAGAUGGAAGAGGCGCAUCUACCUCACAAUUGUUGAGACUGUUCUUGCACUUGUCUUUCUUUGUCAGAAGGCAGCGUGCUUUAGCUGGAAAGUUCUGUUUUCACUUCCUUGGUCGUUUGUUCGUUGGUGGUCUAAGUCAGCUCCGUCUACUCCCCCCAAAAACAGCUGGGAUAAAGAGUUAACUCUGCCGCUCAGUGCCAUGAUGGCCGAGUCUGGAACACCUGAGGAGGAAUCUGUGUUUUUUGUGGAUCAGUCAGACCCAGAUCUCUCCCCUACAUUCUCCCACAGGUUAAAGUCGAGAUUGUCUUUGGAAAGCACAUCUACACCUAUCCCUAAGUCACCCUCUCCCUAUCACCGAAGCCCUGCUCACACACCUAAUCAUUCCGUUUUAAGGGAAUGGCCAUCCUGCCAUUUACCUCUAACCCCUUCCAGUAUAAAUUCUUUCAAUUCUUGCCAUGACCUUUCACCAAAUGGCAGUCCCAUCCACACAUCUAUACUCAGUCGCCAAACAUAUGGCAAGUCUGAAGAGCGAAGUGGUCGCAAGUGGGUCAGAGCUGAGGAACUUCUACCGAGGCCAAACUUUGAGCCUAAGAACUUACUCAGCCUUUUUGAAGAGACAAGCUGUGACGGGCAAUCCUAAAUGUGUCAGGCACAUUGGUGAGGGUUUGCAAUUAGAAAAAAAAAAAAAAAGAUUGUAUUAUUAAAAAACUGUUUUUGCCAUUUAUUUGUUGACUUUGUAACUGCCUCUUGACUUUUAUUUGGGAAAUUGUCUUUGGGAAAAAGGGAGAGUUUAUAAUCUUGAACUUGAUGCACUUUUUGUGUUUGUGCAAAUGCAAAUAUUGCUAAAAUGACAAGUUACAAUGUAUUUCCUGUUGUAAGUUAUCAUUGCUUUGGUGAACUUGUGUCCUUUGUCUCAUGAUCUGCAGAAAAUACAUUUGUGAGA